AUGUGAACUGAAAACCCUUUCAACGUGUCAACUAAGCCUGUAAUGCAUGGUGUAUUCUUUUCAAAUAGAUACACAUGUUUGAUGUGAACUGUUAAGCUGAGAUACUGCGAGCGGGCAUUUAAAGUGGUCCAGCAGCCAGUCGCGGAAGCAGGCGGUGGUUGAACAAUUUCACUUGCUCUGGCCUUGGCUGUCUGAAGUCUUCCUGUUGGGAUGAAUGGUCGAUGUUGUAGGUUCCAUUGUUCUGGCCUGGCUCCGGAUUGCAUCCAUUGCUCCGUAUCAAUUACACUGGUCUGGGAGAGACAUUGAUGUCUGUAACACAAGAAAUUAUGGAAUAUGUGAAAGGUUUCUAGGCCACACCAAAACUUGGCCUUUUGGUGGACAGUUGUAUUCCGCUCAGUGAUGGAUACUAACCAGUUUGUUUGACGUACGGCACUUUCUACCUGUCUUCCCCAGAGUGCAUUGUGGAGGAAUGCUGUCCUGGGAUAUUCCCCAUUCGUAACAAAAGUUUUUAAUGACCGUUGUCCAAUGUGUUCUUUAUGGCCUCAAAGUGGAGUUGAUGAUCUUGAGUUCCCAGCCCCUUGAAGCUGUGUUUACAGAAGAUUGAGCUCAAUAGCAAUGAAGAGCAUUGACUGCAAGAAUGCAAUUCAAAUCUUGACCAGCCGAGAACGUGGCUCUCAAGAGCUGGGCUGUCAAAGGUGUCUGGAGGAGCUAGUGGAGGACAAGACACGAUGGAUGCAAUGGGAAAGUCAGAAAGUAGAUCUUCCAGACAGUCCCCGAUCAACUUUCCUCCUGGCAUUUAGCCCAGACAGGACUUUGAUGGCCUCCACCCAUGUAAAUCACAAUAUUUACAUCACUGAAGUUAAAUCUGGGAGAUGUAUUCAUUCACUAGUGGGUCAUAGAAGGACACCUUGGUGUGUGACCUUUCACCCCACCAUCCAAGGGCUUGUGGCAUCUGGCUGUCUGGAUGGGGAAGUUCGAAUAUGGGAUUUGCACGGAGGCAGUGAGAGUUGGUUUACUGAGAAUAAUGUGGCCAUAGCAUCUUUAGCCUUCCAUCCUAUGGCACAACUCCUACUGAUAGCUACUGCAAAUGAGAUCCACUUCUGGGACUGGAGUCGACGAGAGCCAUUUGCGGUGGUGAAAACAGCAAGUGAAAUGGAGCGGGUCAGACUUGUAAGAUUCGAUUCACUGGGCCAUAACCUCCUGACUGCUAUUGUCAAUCCUUCAAACCAGCAGAAUGAUGAUGAUGGUGAAGUUCCAUUGGAUAAUGUUGACACUGCGCAAUAUCGUCAGCGAUCCUUCCUUCAGUCACAACCUGUCCGUCGAACUCCACUGCUCCACAACUUCCUACAUAUGUUGUCCUCUCGGUCAUCUGGUACAACAACAGGCGAUCAGAGUCAGAGUGAGGAGAGCACCUUGCCAGCAGGUGAAAGUGGUAGGACUUCAGUGUAUGCUGUGCUUCGCGACCGCUUCAGCUACCCUGUUCAGGAGUGUGUUCACCACAUGGGAUUGGUUUGUUUUUGUAGCCGUUGUUCUGCCCUGAGGACAUCAUCAUCCUCUUCUGUAUCUAGUGAAGACAGUACUCCCACUACAUCCUCUGCAGCCACCACCUCUACAUCUGCACGGACUGAGCCUCGUAUUCCUCCAGAAAGGCCCUCAUCUCAGCCAGAUCCACGUAUUCCUGACCGUCCUUCAGCAUUCAGUACUGUAAACUACGAGACCUCUGGCAACUCCCUACGAAAUUUAUCUGCAGCCACUAGUAGGAGGGGCUUAUUAGGUCACACAGCAUACCAUUCAGGGGGUCUGCAACAAUCUAACUCCAGCCCAGGCUAUAGGGAACAGAGUUCAAGGUUAAGUGGGUCUGAUUGGACAAGAACAAUGCUGAACAUAUCUCCAAGGUCAGAGUUGGAAAGCAUGCCACCCCCGAGAACUAGUGCAUCAUCCGUGAGCUUGCUUUCAGUGCUGAGACAGCAGGAGACAAAUGCUCAACCUGUUUACACGUUAGCCUCUGAGGGGAGCAAUGUCUUGAGUCCCGGCACAAGCAGUAGUGGUAACACUGGUGUCAACAGCAGCACAGGCGAAGAGAGAUCGAACAAUCAGCCGACUGUCAGAAAUGUACUCCAGUGCAACCUGAACCGCUAUUUCAUGGAGAUGGACAGCUUCCAGGACGUGGAGCAGCGAGUUGGCGAGUCCAAUCAAUCCCAGCAGGUGGAGGAGAUCCUCAACAACAACAUCGAACCUAACAGGGCUGGGCCAUCACAACAGAACGGAGAGAACACUGCCAGUUCAUCAGGUGGACACCUUAGCCGCUGCAGAGCCUGCCAUAACCUUUUGACUUUUAACCAUGACACUCAGCGAUGGGAGCGGACCACACAGCUUUUUUCAUCCAAUGAGAGCAGCUCUUGGCAUGUGCCAAACAAUUAUGAACCACUAGGGCAGGGUAGCAGCCAUUCACCAACCCCACCAAGUAGAGGGAUCAUGGGUAGGACCCAUGGAUUGAGUGCCUCAGAAGGCAGAUUUGCCCGCCACGGCUCUAGCCAGCAAGGGGAACGUACAAUGGGUCUAACAUUUAACAAUGAGACAGGACACUGGGAGCGUGUGUAUAGUCAACCAACAUCAAACAGAAUGUCGAAUGUUUCACAAGAGGCCUUAAACCAAGAAAUGCCUGAAGAAAACUCAGAAGAGAACUUGCUGAGAAGGCGACUGUUGGAGUCCUCACUUAUAUCUCUGUCUCGGAACGAUGGUUCUGGAUCAAGAGAGCACCCAAUUUACCCCGAUCCAGCCAGGUUAUCCCCCGCCUAUUACGCCCAUCGCAUCAUCCAGUACCUCUCUCGAAGGGACAGUAUUCGACAGCGCUCAAUGCGGUACCAGCCAAAUCGAAUGCGAGCUAGUUUGGAAAAUUCAGCAAGCAGCCCAGCCCAGCCCAUUGAUGGUGCUGAUAUGGAUUUUGAUGAUUUUGAGGAUGGAGGGGAACGGUCACGCCACCGAGCUCCAAGAAAUGCAAGAAUGACAGCCCCAUCACUGGGACGCUUUGUUCCUCGGCGAUUUCUACUGCCCGAAUAUCUUCCUUAUGCAGGCAUCUUCCAUGAACGAGGACAGCCUGGAUUAGCCACUCAUUCCUCUGUCAAUAGAGCCUUGGCAGGUGCUGUGAUAGGUGACGGACAGUCUGCAGUGGCCAGUAAUAUUGCCAAUAUCACUUAUCGCCUCCAAUGGUGGGAUUUCACCAAAUUUGAUCUUCCAGAGAUCAGCAAUGCCUCCGUCAAUGUCCUGGUCCAAAAUUGCAAGAUAUACAAUGAUGCAAGCUGUGAUAUUUCAGCAGAUGGGCAGCUUCUGGCUGCAUUUAUUCCGAGUAGUCAGCGUGGAUUUCCAGAUGAAGGCAUCUUAGCAGUCUAUUCCCUUGCCCCACACAACCUGGGAGAGAUGUUGUAUACUAAGCGAUUUGGCCCAAAUGCUAUUUCUGUCAGUUUGUCUCCAAUGGGCAAGUACGUAAUGGUUGGCCUGGCCUCCCGGCGCAUCCUACUGCACCCAUCCACUGAACAUAUGGUGGCACAAGUCUUCCGAUUGCAGCAACCCCAUGGUGGAGAAACUUCAAUGAGGAGGGUUUUUAAUGUUUUGUACCCAAUGCCGCCAGACCAGAGAAGACAUGUUAGUAUAAACUCAGCACGUUGGCUUCCGGAACCUGGGAUGGGUCUGGCAUAUGGAACCAAUAAGGGAGACCUAGUGAUUUGCCGGCCUGUUGCAUCGAAAUUGGAGACCGAACACAGCUGGGAACAACUGUCAGAGCCUGUUUCCUCCCACCACAGCAACAGGAACAAUGAGAGGCCUGGGCCAAACCGGACAUCAUGGAGGACAGACCGAGAUAUGGGACUCAUGAAUGCAAUUGGUCUGCAGCCUCGCAAUCCUGCCCCUUCUGUGACGUCACAAGGAACCCAAACGCCAUCCCCACAACUGCAGAAUGCAGAGACCCAAACAGACAGGGAUUUGCAGGAAGCUACCACUUCAGGGACCAACCAGGCCAGUCAGUCUUCGCUGAAUGAGGCAGAGCGACCACCAGUGACCACAGUUAAUCAGCUGACAGAGGCCAGUGCAGGAACAAGUUCUGAUUGGCCCUUGGAGAAUGCAAGUCGCAACUCCUCCUCCUCCUCCUCCGCACAACAGACAGAUAUGAACCCUCCAGCAUCAGGAGCCAGCGCUUCUACUACCGGAGAUGCACCAGAGUACAUUCCAGGCGAAGAUGCCUUGUCUCGCAUUCGCCGGCUGAUUGCUGAAGGUUGGAUGACAGCAGUUGUGCAACGAGAACAAGGAACCACCACCGCCUCGAUGGGAGGGUUUGGAAAUAACAUCAUUGUCAGUCAUCGGAUACACCGAGGCUCGCAGACCGGGAAUGAAGCACUGGCGAGAUUAAACUCACACCUGCCUACCAACCAAGGCAGGACAGAAAUGGACAGCAGUUACAGUCAGAUUCUGGUGGACUCUGCUGUAUCGAGCAGCUCCAGCAGCUUAGCUACAGGAUUCAGAGAAAAUAACGAAAGGGAUCAGACCGCGGAGCAGCUCGGCAGGAGUGGUGUCCUUGGGGAUGACAGGAGCUUUGGUCAACAGCCCAGCACUUCUAUGGACACAGAUGCCCUUUUUCACUCUGUCAGCGCAUAUAGCCCCCAUAUUGUUGACAAUAUUGAUAAUCAUGGCACUGACGACAGGGGCUCAGACAGGAGGUAGAAUUAGGCGCUCUGUUGUUCAGGGCAAAAGAAAUAAUAAAAUUGCAUGUCCCAUGGUUUAUAUGUGUAGAAUCUAGGUAAACCAGCCAAGGAAAUUCCACUUAUUUGUUUUUAGUAGAAUGUGAUUUAAGUUGAAUUUUUCUCCUUUUUUUUGUAAACUGGUAACUUGUUAUUUUAGAGAAAUGGAAUAUAGUCAAGUGCAAGCAACGGCAUACAUGUGAACACCAAAGAUCACAAUAACAAAUAAAAACUCUUUAAAAACUGGAA